UAACCUAUGCCUUUUUCAUCAACAUACUAAGUUGAGGCAGAGCCUAGAAUUCUAGGAAGGCUUCUAGUAGAGGAUGGAGUUAAAUGCAGAGAAGGAAUUUCCUCUGUGGGACUGAUAAAGGACUAAUGAAUUUAUUGUUACAGAGGUCUUUAAGUGGGAGUUUAUAAGUUUUAGCUGAUCAUGUCAGGAUCUAGGGAUGUGUGAGUUGUUAGACUUAGAGAAGUUUGAAGCAUAGCAUUGUCCAAAAUGUCUUGGUUCGUUGAAGCAUUAAGAUUGCUCUUCAUUGGAAAUCAGGGGCCUAGAGCCCAAAGCCUGAUGGAAACACUUGAAUUCAGUGUGGCCAAAUAUUCUUGUCCAUAUAGUGUAUGUACUGUGGUCCUAGUAAUGGUACUUUAUUGUUUGUUAUUUGGGUAAGUAAAGUGGAAUUUGGACUUUCUCCAUCAGUUUUUGUUUUGUUACAGAUAAACCAAGUGGUGGCAGACUUUGACCUUAGUCUGUUAAAAUCCAUGAGGGCCGAAAGUGACAGACAGACACGCUGCAUCUGAACGAUCACUGGUCCUCAGAGCUGGAACAUGAGCACCUUUGUGACCCUUUCAAGCGGGCAGCAGAUGCCCAUGGUCGGACUUGGCACAUGGAAGAGUUCUCCAGGACAGGUGAAGCAGUCAGUGCUGGCAGCGUUAGACUGUGGGUACAGACACAUCGACUGUGCUGCUGCUUACAGUAACGAACAGGAGGUCGGAGAAGCUCUGGCUCUGAGGCUCGGGCCUGGGAAGGCUCUGCGUCGUGACGACGUGUUUGUGACGUCCAAACUGUGGAACACCAAGCACGAUCCACGGGACAUUGAAGGAGCCUGCAGGACCAGUCUAGCCCACCUGGGUCUCUCCUACCUGGACCUUUACCUCAUGCACUGGCCCAUGGCUUUUCAGCCAGGGAAAGAGCUGAUGCCUCGCAGGGAAGAUGGAAGCAUUUGCUACUCGGACACACACUACAGAGACACUUGGACGGCCAUGGAGACUUUAGUGGACAAAGGUCUGGUCAAGGCUGUAGGACUGUCCAACUUCAAUGCCAGGCAAAUGGACGACAUCAUCGGCGUGGCCAGACACAAACCUGUGGUCAACCAGGUGGAAUGUCAUCCUUAUUUGUCUCAAGUGGAUCUCGUCACUCACUGCCGGUCAGUGGGAGUGUGUGUGACUGCCUACAGUCCUCUGGGCAGCGGGGACAGACCCUGGGCGUCUCCCGAUGAGCCAAGCCUGCUGGACGAUCCUCGACUGGGAGCCAUCGCCCACAGAUACCACAAAACGCCGGCUCAGGUCAUACUCAGGUGGCACGUUCAGAGGGGCGUCGUGUGUAUACCCAAGAGUGUGACGCCCUCCAGGAUCCAGCAGAACCUGCAGGUGUUUGACUUUUCCCUGACAGAUCAGGACAUGAAGCUGAUCGAGUCCUUCAACCGACACGAGCGCUUCAUCGUCCCGUCAGUCGAGCGGGACGGUAAGAGAGUGUGGAGAGAUGCAGAGCAUCCUCAUUUCCCCUUCCAUGAUCCUUACUGAGGCAGAAACCAAGUCUUACAAUUUAAAUAUACACAUUUUCUCAGUGAAUUAUUCACUAAAAUUGUGGUUUAAAAAACUAAAUUGAAAUGGAAUAAACCAUUUUCCAGUGGUA